UGCUUGUAGCAAUCCCCGAGACGGAGAGAACGAAACGUAUCACAGUUGUAAAGAAAGGCAUUGUCAAGAGUAUCUGCAACUUCGGCACCCAAGCUUCUUUGACUUUUUCUUUCUGCUCGUCUUUUUAUUCCCCCUAAUUUUUUGUUGCGGAGAGAGAAAAAGCUGGUUCAGAAGAAGGAGAGAGAAAGAAAAUGAUAUAUUAAUUUAUACAUUUUUGAGUAUGAGAGUAUUAAAGUGAAUGAGAAACCCGCCUUCUCUGCUAUCUCUCUCAGUUGACUCUGCACUCCAUAAUCUCUCCCAUAUAUCUGAUCUAUCUCCUCUCCCUGAACACAUCCUUCUCGACCUUUUCCUGAAAACAUUGAAAGCUGGAAAGCUUAACGAGAGAGUUCUCAAGUUGUUCAUUGCAACUGGCAAAGAUGAAGUACUUGCAUUAAUUCAGUCACUUAAUAUUCGCGAGAUUAUUGCUCCUGUAAUACCUAGUAGUACCACCAACUUCACUGUCAUGGAUGAUGAGAUUGACAUUGUGAUUGCUGCCCUCCAUCCUGACCUGACACCAUUCCUAAAUGCUUGGAGACCUAUAUUUUCUCCUUACCACCUGACAAUAGUGAAAGAUCUUGAUAUGAAAGAGGAACUUAUAAUACCUGAUGGCUUUAAUGUCGAUAUCUUUACAAAGUCUGACAUGGACCGUGUGGUUGGUUCCUCUUCUGCAAUUCUUUUUUCUGGUUACUCCUGCCGUUAUUUUGGCUUCCUUGUGUCCAGGAAGAAAUAUAUUGUCUCUGUUGACGAUGACUGCAUCCCUGUCAAGAAUGAUGAUGGUUCUGUAGUAGAUGUUGUGGCCCAGCAUAUUGCCAACCUUACAAGUCCAGCCACUCCUUUCUUUUUCAACACACUUUAUGACCCAUAUCGAAAGGGAGCAGAUUUCGUUCGCGGUUACCCCUUCAGCCUGCGGACUGGGGUUACAUGUGCUCUGUCAUGUGGACUGUGGCUCAAUUUGGCAGACUAUGAUGCACCAACACAAGCUCUCAAACCAGAACUAAGGAAUUCAAGAAUCGUGGAUGCUGUCCUGACUGUUCCAGCUAGAACCUUGAUGCCUUUAAGUGGAAUCAACAUUGCUUUUGAUCGUGAGUUGGUUGGACCGGCAUUGUUUCCAGCUUUAAGGUUGGCAGGAGAGGGGAAGUUUAGGUGGGAAACAAUGGAAGAUAUUUGGUCUGGAAUGUGUGUGAAAGUCAUUUGUGAUCACCUUGGCUACGGGGUUAAAAGUGGACUGCCAUAUGUGGAGAGAGCAGAGAGAGGCAAUGCUGCCGACAGCUUGAGAAAAGAGUGGGAAGGGGUCAAGCUGAUGGAGGAAGUUGUUCCUUUCUUUCAGACGCUGAAGUUAAAACGAGCGACCGUUAAAGCUGAGGAUUGUGUUAUUGAAGUUGCCAAAGAAGUGAAGGACCAACUGGGAAAGGUGGAUCCCGUGUUUGGUCGUGCUGCUGAAGCCAUGGUGGACUGGGUGAGGCUUUGGAAAGCAGUGGGAUCUGGCUCUUCCUGAACGUGGUGACUGGUGCUGUUGCUUUGAUUUCAACUUAUUUCUCAUAUGUUUUUUCUUUUUUACUUGGUUUUCCAUUUGUCGUUUGUUGUUGACGUAUGUUUUGACUUAUAAGUUAUAGCUGACAUAAUUAAUAUGAUGUGAAAUAAUAGAUGGCAUAUUAACUGCUGUCGUUAUGAAGAGUUUUAUAUA